GAUAAGGCCACAUUUCUUGUCACUUCUCUACAAACUGAACAGAACUCUCUGAAAAAUUCCAGAAAGACAUCAACAAUGACAAGUUUAUCAUCAGUUGUUUCGUUAUCUUCUCCAUUUGUUCAUACAAGAUCUCUGAAGAAUGUUGCUCUUCAACCGCCAGUUCAUCAAAAUGGUAGUGCUGGUACUCGAAAACCCAAUUCAUUCAGAAUCAGAGCAGCUAAACUUCCUGCUGGUGUGGUGUUGCCCAAAGUAACACCAAAAUUCAAUCCACCAUUUCAAGGAUUUACAAAGACUGCUGAAGUAUGGAAUUCUAGAGCUUGUAUGAUUGGUCUUAUUGGGACAUUCAUUGUUGAACUAAUACUGAACAAAGGUAUACUUGAGCUGAUUGGAGUGGAGAUUGGAAAAGGACUUGAUCUUCCUCUUUGAUUUUAAAACUGUUGUGUCUUCCUGAUUACUACUUUAUUGUAGACUUUCUAUCAAUUUGUUUAUAGUGAUAAUAUAUGGCUUGAAGUUUCAACUAUGAAGACAGAAACCUGUUAACUGUUAUAAGCUUCUUAUUUUUUCCGUGUUGAACCUGUAAUAAAUAAAUCACAUGUGAUGUUGA